CUCACAAACCGUGAGAUCAUGACCUGAGCUGAAGUCAGAUGCUAAACUGACCGAGCCACCCAGGUGUCCCAAGGCCAUUUUUCUUUAAAGUCAACCUUAAGUACCAAGACUUAAUGAAGGAGAGGAAAAAUGAGCCCCCACAUUCAGCAUGAAUGGUAUGAAAUCCCUGGGGUAAUGGGGAAAUUUGAGUAAAACAAUUGAGUCCCAAGAUGCCAGGUAAGCAGCAUUAUCCAGGUUGUCAACAAAGACAGUGCAAGUCCUUCCUCAUAGACAAGUCUCUGAGAAAUUCCCAGGGAAAUUGUCUGUAAGCAGGCCCCUGAGAUCAUCAAGUAGCAUAAACUUCUCUGUGAUAUGCCAGCUGGGGUUCUGGUAAAAAUGAGAGUUGCUAUUUUUUUUUUGCUCCUGAAGUUGAUGUAGACCAUCUGGGAAAAUCCACAAACAGAAAUCUUAGUCUAUUCCCAGAGCACCUUGGUGACUGGGGUCUGUAAAAGGUCUGAUUCUCAACACUAAGGGAAUAAGAAGAGUACGCUUGAGGCUGCCUCCUUUAUGCAUGAACAUCAUUUUCUCCUUUGGGCUAAUGGAAAAAAGGCUGCAUAAAGCCCAGCACUGAGUGAGGCCAGGGAGAAGGAAGGUGAAUGUCUGAAUCCCAUGUUUCCUUAUAGUUUUCUUUUAAACCCACAUCCAAGAGGUCUAGGGUAUAUUGGUCUCUUCUCUGCUCUCAACACUGACUUUGAUGUGAGAUGGAGUGGAGGGCUUAGAGGAAGAGAAUAGGGUGUGCAGAGACAGUAGGGGACACUAUUGGCUUUCUCUAUAGGGGAGGGAGGCAGAGAAUGGGUGGAGACAGUGAGUCACAUGAGAGCUCCUGUCUCUCAGAGCCUGAGGCAGUAGGCUCAGGUUGUACUCCUGGCUCUUGUGAUGUCCUUCUGUUAGUCCUUGGGCAGCAAAUGCAGGAAUUCUGUCUCCUCAUCUCUCAAGAAGGGACAGAAUUCUUGUGCCCAAGAACACACUCUAGCCCAGAGGAGCUCAGAUAUAGUCACAGGCAUGUUGUCAGUGGCUUGGCUGGGGGUGGGGGGCGGGGGGCGGUGCAUGGAUGAGAGAAGAAAGUAAAGUAAAUAGGAAGGACACCCAUGCACUGGCUCAUCUUCUAGAGCCUUCUUCCAUCAGCUAUGCUUAUAUCUAUUAUCAAUCUAUGUGUUUUAUUGUUUCCACAGACAGCUCCCUGGAAGAGAAUGACUCUGAGAAACAGCUCCUCAGUGACUGAGUUUAUCCUAGUGGGAUUAUCAGAACAACCAGAGCUCCAGCUUCCCCUCUUCAUCCUGUUCUUAGGGAUCUAUGUGUUUACUGUGGUGGGCAACUUGGGCUUGAUUACCUUAAUUGGGCUAAAUUCUAGCCUUCACACUCCCAUGUACUUUUUUCUCUUCAACUUGUCUUUUAUAGAUCUCUGUUAUUCCUCUGUAUUUACCCCCAAAAUGCUGAAUGAUUUUCUGUCAGAAAAUGUCAUCUCUUACGUGGGAUGCGUGACUCAACUUUUUUUCUUCUGUUUCUUUGUCAAUUCUGAGUGCUAUGUGUUGGUAUCAAUGGCCUAUGAUCGCUAUGUGGCUAUCUGCAAGCCUCUGCUGUACACGGUCACCAUGUCCCCUCAGGUCUGUUCUCUGCUCAUGUUUGGUUCAUAUGUGAUAGGGUUUGCUGGAGCCAUGGCCCACACUGGGAGCAUAUGGAGACUGACUUUCUGUAAUUCCAACAUCAUCCACCAUUAUCUGUGUGAAGUUCUUCCUCUCCUGCAGCUCUCCUGCACCAGCACCCAUGUCAAUGAGCUAGUGUUUUUUAUUGUUGUGGGAGUGGUCAUCACAAUAUCCAGUAUUAGCAUUUUCAUUUCUUAUGCCUUGAUUCUCUCUAAUAUCCUCCAUAUUCCUUCUGCUGAGGGUAGAUCCAAAGCCAUCAGCACAUGUGGCUCCCACAUAAUUGCUGUUGCUUUGUUUUUUGGGUCAGGGGCAUUCACCUAUUUAACAAGCUCUUUUCCUGCAUCUAUGGACCAGAGUAAAUUUGCCUCAGUCUUUUACACCAAUGUGGUUCCCAUGCUUAAUCCUUUGAUCUACAGUUUGAGGAAUAAGGAUGUGAAACUUGCUCUGGGUAAAACCCUGAGAACAGUGCUCUCCUGAUGGUUCUGUUUGUAUAAAUUAAUUACUGGUAAGCAUCAUACUUAAGUAUCUUUUUAUUUACAGGUGCAGAACUUUUCAUCUUUUUUCUCAACUAGGUCUUCUUUCCAGUUAACCACAAGUCUCUUGCUUAUACACUUCUUGAAGAUUAUGCUAUUUUGUAAGAUUUAAAUUGGUUCAUUGCAUGCAAUUUAGCAUCUAUUAAGUGUCUACUGUUUACUAGACUCUAUACGGGGCCCAAGAGAUAGAUGAAUAAGAUGUGGCCCCAUGCCUUCCAUUCUUUUCUUGGUAGGCUAAAUGGAUUUUCCAAACAACAUUUCUGGCUGGGGGAUGGAGCAGGUGAUGGUAUGAAGGUCCAGGACAGUGAACUUAUGUUUUCUUCAGGUAUGGGAGCAGCUUUACCAAAGACCAAUGUAGAUACCUUGGAGCCAUAAGUAAGAUAGUCUCCCAGCUCAUUGAGAAGUUGCUUGCCCAGGGAGAUCAUAAAUCAUCUCUUUAAUGUACGUACUUGUACACACAAGAGAAGCCCUUGCACAAGAGUUCUUUACAUGGUUUGAAAUGUAAAGAUAAAUCAAAACUAAAAUCUUUCAUUUCCAAGUUUCAGAACACUUAGGGCUUGGAAUGGUAACCAUGGUGUAGGCGGUUUUGUAAUUGGGCCAAUUUCUUGGGCUCUGUAUGCUAAGGCUGAAAGCAAGAACAAAGAAGAAAUUUCACAGAUUUAUAUGAUUGUUAACUGCUACCUCUCCUCUAUACUUCCCUGAAGAUACUGUGUACGUUAUGGGGCAUUUAGGAAAAUUCUUUUAUUCUUUAAAGUCGAUUUAGAUUUUACUGUCUCUAAGAAUAUGUAUGUAUUAAUAUAUGUAUGUGUGUGUGUUACAGUUAACUAUUAGAGAAUCAGGAAGAAAGAGGAGUCAUAUUACACUUUCUGCUUGCAGGGAAUCUUGAAAUGGAUCCAGAUUUUGAGUGCCAAAGUCCACUUUGUACUGCUCUGCUGAAGAUUCUGCUAUGCUAUAUUGAAUAGUUCAGAUUUCAAGGAAUAUACCCUUAUAAACUUCCUUGAGUGUAGGCAGGAAGGUGAACCCAGGACCAGACCAACCCAUGUGCAAAGAUGGGCAGAUGGAGACUCAGUGUGGCUAGAAGAAUGGGGCUGAGUAGAGGCUAGAACUUGGGGUACCCUUGAGAAGACUCUCUGUGAAGAGUAUUUGGUACUUUUUUUUGGAUAUGGAGAGAGUAAUAUAAAGUACUGAGUUGAUGUAUUUUUCUUUGCCUGUAUUUCUUUACCUCGUCCAUAAAAUUGGAUAGUUGCUCAGUUUGUAUUGGUAUGAGAAACAAGGCAGUAAGAAGUUAGUCCUUCUUGACAUUUACUUCUCUGCUGACACUCAUGUGGAAGCAGCAGCAUCAUACUGCGAAGAAAGGUAGUUCAAGUGUUCCAGGCUUUGGCCAGAAGCAUGCCAGACUGUGAUGGAGUUGAGAACAGAAUGGGGAAGGACCUGCAGCAUGGAACUGACUAAGGAGGAGACAGAAGACAAACCUUAUUUUCUCCAAAUAUGCUAACGUGAGGAGAUCUCAAAAGAAGGUAGAAAAAUCUGUUAAAUAUUUGGAUUAUACCUAGAUUAUGAUAAUCAUACUUAACAUUUACUGAGUAUAUACUAUAUGUUUGGGCACUUUUAAGGUACCUUACCUACAUUAAACUCAUUGGAAUUGUAUUAAUGCCAUACUGAACAACUGCUUGUUGGUCCUUUGGGCCUAGCUGACUUCUACCCUCUGGAGGACUGUCUGUGUCUGGAUAUGUGGGGAUCUUGGGGAUAUUAGGAAAGAGUAGAGAAUAGGGAGAGAUAAGAGCAAGUAUGCUAUGAUACAAAGAAAAAGUACCAUUGGUAUAAAUGAGUAGGAACAAGGAAUAAAUCAGAACCAUAAGGAUAUGAGUGAAUGAAUGAAUGAAAAGGAAUACUUAUGAAAUAAAUGCAUUAAUUCCACAAAAUAUCCUUCCUUACACUCAUUACAUAUGGCACUGGGGUGAGCAGAGGUGAAAACAUAAGUUUGACUUAUGGAGAUACUGGCUUGGAUCUUUUGGAAAGCAGUCCCGUUAAAGAUCUGAAAUGACAAAACUCAGAGGUACUUUCCUGGUUCUUACAAUAGUCAGAUAAGACACAUUUAUUGCUCCUACAGGAAAGACAACAUUUUGUAAAUUCCAAAGACCUUCACUCCUCUCCGAAACCAAGGAUAAGUCAUCUUUCCUGUCCUUUUAAGGUCGCUGUUGAGGAAUUGUAGGUUCUCAGUGGUCAACAGACAGGAAUAGGUUUGGGGCUUUUGCUUUACAGUAACGGAGAGACCUAAUUUGAUACUCUGUGUCCAGUGUCCUCAGGUGAAUCCCUCUGCCACAAUACCAAAACCCUGUCACCUGAUCUUAUCAUGACAUUUUCAUUUUCAGGAAAGGAAGUUUUCCCCUUUAGGAAGCAUUGUUAAAGCUGGGAUUCCUCUGGGUUCAGACCUGAGUUCACUUCUCUUCUUGGAUCUUCCUCAGGCAUCUCUCCAUCUCCUCUGGCUUCAACAACCAUGCAUUUUUACGUCGUGGCUACAUUCUCGCGGAUGCAUCAUGGGUUCCAUAUGGCUGCUAGAGCUCCCGUGUCCACAUUCCAAGCAGCAAGAAGACACAGGACAAAGAAAGGAAGAGGGUGCUUUACCUAUCUAAUGAGUGACUUCCACUGACAUCUUACUGGCCAUGCCUACUUACAAGGGAGAUGGGGCAACUUGGUAUUUAGCUUCAGAACAUUACCAUCUUGGAAAAAAAAUCAGGAUUUUGUUACUUUCAAGGAGGAGAUGGCUAUUGGGUAGGCAAUCAGCAAUCUUUACCAAAGAACAGAGUUGGUUCCACUUGCCAGGAGAGAACAGUUAAGAACUUAGCACUUUCCACCCCAUUUUUGCUCUCUUGCUUGCUGUACUCUAUGAGAGGAAGACAGAUUAAUCUGACAGAUAAGACCGGAAAAGAGACAAGUUGGUCAUUGAUGGAGCUGUACCCAGAUUGUCUUGAUCACUGACCUGUUUGUACUGAAUUAAGACAAAGUCUUGACAAGAACAAGCCAGAUCUGUGCUAUUUCAUUUUCAAGUCCUCCUCCUCCUGUUCUUUGCUGGGUGAAGUUAGAUUCCAGGUUUUGGGAGGGAAGUUUGAGUCCUGACAUAUUUCCCUAAUCAGCUUUGCUAUUAAUAAAGGUGUAAUGGUAUUGUGA